CGCAAUCACAGAAGCAAUGCUGUGCCAUGACGGAGCCGGAGCUGCUGAGUGCCGUGCUGCAGGAGGCGGCGCGACUUUGUCAUCAAGAGCUUUAUGACGCCCUUGCUGAGCCAGCCGACUUUCAGGCACUUGCCCUGGAAGCCAGCUUGUUAAUGGUUAAAGUGAGCUCAAUGCCGGGUUGCUUGGCCUGCUUUCAGGCCACACUCCUCCGCGCGAAAGGGAGGUUCUUGCGCCUCAGUAUAUUGCUUAGUAGCUGUGAUGAAGAUGGAAUCGGCUUCCUUGAGCCGGCAGCUGCAGUUGAACAUGUCCUGCGGCAACUGGAGAGCAACAGCGGUGAUGCACAAGCCGAGCGACUUGCUGAAGACUUGGCCCAAAAGCGCAUGGAGCUUGUGGAGGAGCUGGCCACACAGCAGACCCCGGUGCAAGUCGCAGCAGGAUUGCUGCAGGGUUUUGCUUUGCCUGGUUGCCUGGGUGUUCCAUCCAUGCUUGGAGACCUACUGGCUGGUCGAGACGACUGGUGCCUAAGCCGCACUCAGCGCCGCGCUGCGCAGUGCCGCUUGUCCCUGGGUGCCCGUGCAAGCCUGGCACGAAGCCGCAUCACAGAGGCUUUGCAGCCGGAGGCUGCGGUACCGCUGAAGCUGGAGCUCUGCCCAGAUGGCGUGGUCUUGACAGCACCUGGUGCUUUUGUGCUGCAACUCCAGUUCAAUCUCACAUGGAGGGUGCUUGGCUUCAGAUUGGAGCCCCAGGGGCUUGGAGCCUUGCUGCGCCUACCAGAUGAAUCAGCUGCUCAGCAGCUGCAAGCUGUGGCUGACAUGGAGUCCAAGAACAACGACGCAGACAUACCCGCAACUUUGGCUGCUGCAGCGCACGCAUUCUGCUCACACCUUUGGCUCCGUGCCACUCUCGAUGAAGCUAUUCGUGCGAGCGGACAACUCUCGCAGGUGUCCUCAGCGUCUUGGGAUCGACGAGGCUUCGUUUCCAUGCGGGUGUUCCCUGGCUGGGAUUCCACUUGUGGCGGAAUUUGCUCACCCUUAGUUGAUGAAGUUGCAGGGCCUUCGACAGGGUGCAUCCUUGAGUUGCACAAAGCUGAAGGUGGCCUACGCCCAGAGCUGGCAGUAUUAAAGACUGCUACACCCGGUACUACACCCCUACCAUGUCAACGACCUCAAAGACUGGUCGAGCUUGGGGGUGUUGCUCCCUGCUUAGACGAGGUGCUUCGCCAGGCACACGAGUCUUUGGCAUGCCUGACAUUACGCCGUUUGCGUGCUGGGCUAUUGGAGGUUUUGCCUUUGAGCCGUGCCAAGCCGUUAGAGGCUUCACAGUUGGAGCUUCUACCAGAUGGGCGCCCGCUUCGAUGUUUGCUUAGGGGCUGCCAGGUCUACAUCGAUCUUGACUCUCUUGGUCGACUUGUGCUCUCAACCUCAGAGUAUUCUGAGCUCCUCCCCAAGGUGGCCGGUGGCCAAGAAGCCUUUAUUCUUCGGCUAGAGGCAGUGCGAUUAGCUUCCUUGACAGCAGCUGCUGAAGGGGUUCUUGCUGAUGCCGGAUGGCGCCGAGUUGUGCCGCCUGAACCACCGCCUCGUCACGAAAAUUUUCGAUGCCACUUUGGCGAGACACCUCUGGGUGGAGCAGUGGCAGUGGAGUUUGAUCUUGCAGACACGGAGGUAGCAAACCUGCGGUUGCUUCUGGAGGAUGGCAGUCGAAUCGAUGUUGUGAGCAUGGACAACUUUUGCUUCGCACAGACAGGAGACCACGCACUCCCUUUGCUGCGAAGUGGCUUGAGGAAACGGCUCUCCAUCGCACAGCGGCUGCUGGAGACAAAUCAGCUGAGUUGUGAGGUCCUGCCUACUCUGGCACGGCAUGCCAAGCUGCUUCAGGCUGGUUCCAUUCAGCUGCGUUUCAAUGGAGAAGCGGAUGGCGCUGAGCCGGUUGAGCUUGAGCUGAAUUUUUGCGAGGCAUCGGGUAGCAGCAGCGGCAAUGAACCAUCUCUUUUCGAGCCUCCACUGCGGUGCAAGGUGCACAGAUCUCAGUGGUCUUUGUGGGGUAAGUUGCGAAGUCCGGUUCCACUCAGUGACUCAGUGCAGGCUCCUAAGGCGCUGCCUUGUGGGGGUAUCUUAGAGACGAAGGUCUCCUCAAGUGGAGAGCAAGAGGUGGAGAUCCGCUUUGACCAGGUGGCCUUGCAGAGCGCAACCUGGCUCCAUUGGAGCCGUGAUCUCCGAGCCCUUGCUCAACUAGCGGACUUCCGCUGCCAGGCUGAGAACGUGAGAGAUGAACUACCAGGGUUGCAUCUCGAGAUGAGCCGUCCGGACUAUCUUCGGUUUCGACUUUGCAGCCCUCACGGAGAUGAAGUUUUUUCAUUGGUGCCUACACCAACGACGAAAGCUGAGGUGGAGUUGCCAUGCAGCUUUCAGUGGCUGGAGCCCCGGACCAGCUUUCUUUUGGCACAGCGGUUGUCAAGAAGGCUGAAUCGAACACGGCGGCUCAAAGAUUGUCUUAGUGCUAUCCUCGCAGCUGCCGAGCUGGUGCGCUGUGUGGAAGAGCUUGUAGCGACUUCAUCAGGGACAGGUUCAUCGAAGGUGCCUCCACGUUCUGCUCGUUCGGAGGAUAAUUUUUGGAGUUCUCUUGCCAUCAGCGCCAACACGCUCCAGGUUGAGUGUCGUGGCAUGUUGGGUGUGGAGAUUGCAGCUAUUGACGCCACAACUUUCCGCCUAACCUGCUUGUCAAGGCGUCAGCGAUCUGAUGGACGAAUGUCAGUCCUUCCCAACCUGGAACCAUUCGUUGAAUGGCUUCAAACUGCACUAGGAAGCCCUACACCUGUUCCGACAUUUGAUGGAGAUGCACCUGGCCGUACCUUACGCAUUCCAACGGGCUCCCUGAAACGAAGUUUGUCUCCCUUGUGGACUUACGUGCGGAUGUACCUGACUCUUCUGCAGCUCUAUCUGAUACAGCGCAGAACAGCAAGUGAGAGCCGUUGCGAAAUACAACCAACAAGCCAAGCAGAAUGGCCAUGCUGGGUUCGCCUCCAGACCAAGAUGCUGGAUGCUGCGGUGGGCUUCACAUUGGUGACUGAGGUGGAAACAGAGGAGGCGCGCAGCAAGCGGCGACGCUUGGAGGUGCCCAAAAUCAUGCCGCAACUCCACUUCUUCUGGGGACAAGGCAGCGACGAAACGAAGGAUGUCCUUCAGCGCUUUGAAGCGUUCUUCAAGCAGUAUUUGGCUCCAAAGAGGACUGAGGGAAAUGCUGAGCCAAACUGGGAGAAGCUGCGAGUGUCACGUCUCCAUCCGCUUCUUGAGCUCCUUCACGCGCCGCGAGUUUGGAUGCUGAGGGAGAUUGUCCGACUCUUGCCUCCGCUCUGGACUGUGGCAGCUGGUCGCAACGGCGAGGCCAAAGGCUCUGUGCAUAGUGAGUGGCAGCCUUUGGUCGAGCAUUUCAGCUUGCGGCACGAUGGCGCAAACCAGGCACCUCCCAGGUUCAGGGAUGGGAGCAGGUCGUUGUGGAUGGUCAGCCCUUUCAAAAGUGGCUGCAAGCAUGUCCUCCGACUUCAGGAAAGGUCCUAAAAUUGUGGACCGACGCUGCAAGUUUGAGUCAACCAUAUUGGUUGAAAACAUUAUUGCCCUCAAUAUUUGAUAUUCUUAUCCAUCGCAAUGAACAA